AUGCCAGAUUCUCCAGACUCUCCCCUUUCUCCAGUGUCUUCAACCACAUCCUCUCUUAGGGAAGAUGAGUUGGAAUCUGCCAUCUCAGUCACAGAAAAUACCAUAGAACAAAAAGAGGAUGGAUCAACAUCAUAUGCCACAGUGGACACCAGCAGCAACGAUUUGGGGUCCGGAAAAAAUGCCGCAAAGACUUCAAUGGAUAUUUUCUCGAGUGUUGUCCUUGAAUCUUGCCUAAAAAAAGAUUUUCAUUUGCAUAACGCAGAUAAUGAAAAGAAACACGAACCAAAGUCACCAGUACCGCCAGCUAUAGAUACUAUGCCGCCUAAAACCCCGCUAUUCAAGGAACAGUUGAAAUACUGCAUGCAGAUCAUGAAGACGCUUAAAAGGCAUAGAGAUUCAUUUCCUUUCAACCAGCCAGUUGAUCCGAUCGCACUCCAAAUACCAGAUUACUUGGAUGUCAUUAAACAGCCGAUGGACUUUGGAACCAUUACCAACAAGCUUACAGCAGGCUCAUAUUCCACAUUGGAUGAAUGGACAUCAGAUGUCGGGUUUGUGUUUUCCAAUUGCUACACUUACAACCGGCCAGAUAAUCCAGUAUAUUCAAUGGGAAAGAACCUGGAAAAAUCGUUUGACUCCAUGAUGAAGAAAAUGCCGACAGGAGCGGCAGGCCCUGGAGGACCGAUCUCAGAUGUCACUGUAAAUAACCCAUCAUCAGAUUCGCCCAGCCGUCGCGCCUCAAUUACAGAAUUACCACGACGCAGAUCUGCAUCUACCUCCAAUGCAUCGCCCUCAUCGAUAUCGGGAAACGAUGCUGAUGAUCUUAGAUAUGCUCUGGUGGUUGCUAGAGAUUUUUGGUCCAAGAAAAUCUCGCCAGUCUCGUGGCCAUUUUUGCAGCCUGUUGAUCCGGUUGCUCUAGGCAUUCCAGAUUACCUAAAAAUCAUCAAAACCCCAAUGGAUUUGGGGACAGUCAAAAGAAAGCUUGAAGCAAAGUCUUACUUGACAGCCUCUGAAUUUGAGUCUGAUGUUCGAUUGGUUUUUUCAAAUUGCUACCUCUACAAUGCCCCAGACUCGGAAGUCGUCAAGCUCUGCCGGGCUGUUGAAAAGGUAUUCAAUGAAAAGUGGGCCAACCGGCCAUCGCUGCAUGCAUCUGCUUCUGCAGCUGCAAUUUCUUCAAUUGAUUUUGAUAGCGGGGAUGAUGCAGAGCUUGACGAAGAGACCGCAUCCAUUAUUUCAGCCAAAACAGCCCAAAUUCAGCAAUUACAGGAAGAAAUCAAGGAACUGAUGUCCCAUGGAAAGGCACGGAGUAAGCGUCCGCAUUCAAACCAAUCAAAACGAAGAGCGACCCCUGCGCCGGCACCGUCCGCCACAAGUAACUCUGGAUUUCCGGCAAAAAAGCAAAAGCCAACUUCCACCACAUCGCUCAAGCCGUUGACAUUUGAAGAAAAGCGCCAGCUUUCGCUUGAUAUCAACGAUUUGCCUCCAGAGCGGCUGGGAAAAGUCUUGGAAAUCAUUAACGAGUCGAUGCCGAAUCUGCGGAACGAAGCAGAAAAUGGCGAGAUCGAGCUUGAUGUUGACACGCUCUCUCUGGCCACUCUACAUGCACUCAUACGAUAUGUACGCCAAUGUAAAAUGGCGAUGAAGGGGUCGGCCUCACAGGCUUCGCCUGCACACAAGUCAUAUGGAGGCAGAUAUUCGGAGGACGAAGACGAUGAUCAUGGUUCUGAUUCUGAUUGA